AUUUAAUCAUUUCAACUACGUAGAUAUUUUACCAUUUCAAGUCGAUUCCAUAUUAUUCAUGUCAAUCUACAUAUGUUACCCGAUUCACUUGCGCAUCCUGUAGUGAGUAAAGAUAACCACACGUCUCUUCAUGAGCGAAAAUGAAACCAGCUCCGAAGCUCGAAUGCUCGAUAGUGUUUGAAUUGGCUUUUUAAUUUUGAUAAUAGGAUAUCAGAAGAAAUCUCAUGGUUUGUUGUUGUUUUGCGUAAUGAGAAUUUCGUGCGAAUAAUUCGAAUUCGGUUUGCAUAUGGUGCUUUUAAAGAGCUACUAAUAGUUACACGAUGUAUUUUUUAAGGAAUUGAUACGUUUAUCAUUGGGUUUUCAUUCGCAGUUCUUUUUGAAAAUUGGCGAACUCAAAAUGGAUUGCGACGAAGAAUCCUUUCCACAUUUCCACUUCACUCAACGGACUCUGCAGGAUAUAGCUGCAUCAAAAUACGCGUUCAUUAGUUGGUGUAAUUCCAACGACCUUCCGCAUAUGCCGGCGAGCAUUCGAUCGAUGAUCAAAGAUAAGAUCCAAUCAAUUAGUAAAGAGAUCAAAAAUUGGAUUGACAAUUCUAGAUUGUUCGAAAACGAUAAACUACCUCGUGAAGUUACAAUCAAUUGUGUAGCUUUCGACUCAGCCGGCGGUAUUUGCUCUAGAAGAACAGUAAAAAAUUUACUCAUGUCGAAUUUGCAGAGAUUAGAUUCAAAGAAACAGUUUCAGACUGCUUGUUCGUAUUGCAUUGAGGAAGAUAUUAAACGUUUGUGGCCUUGGGUCAAAGAUGAUGAGCGAUUUCGUAAAUGUCAUUUUAGAUUCUCUCGUCGUGUUCAUUGCGUCGAUUUGAUGGAUUAUUGGUGUUCUCGUAUGAGAGACGAAUUGAAGAAAGUCUACGGACCGCAACAAAAAUCGCCCGAAUGGUAUGUGCUAUCUCGGCUGCUUUCUGACGGUGAGUUUUAUGUGAGAAAUUGGUCAGAAGUCGAGUACUUUUGGAGUAAGUUGAACACGCAUGAAAAAAGAUCCCUCGUGGACAAAAUUUGGAUGGAGCAAAAAGAAAGUUACAACUUUAGGAUGAAGCCAAAUCCUCUUACAAAACACACAUCUCGUUUAGUAAUAAUGAACUGGAAUGAUAUGGUGCUGAACAAUUUUGUGAGAUUUAAAUGGUUUCUAUUUAUUGUAGAUUUUGCCAUCGAUGACGUCUAUUGCCAAUAUGCUUUACAGCUUUGGAACUACGGGAAGAGUUCAAUUGUUGAUGGUCUCACCUUUUUGUACGAUAUUUUAUUGCCUUUAUCGAAAGUGGCAUAUAAGUGCGAAUAUUCGAGGUAUGCAGCGAUCAUACUCAAAGAAAUAUGGCUUUCUGCUCCCGAUCAUUUGAAGGAUUAUGUUGCCUGGAAUGUGUACCUCAAUCACGUUAAAAGAUUGUUCAAAGCAUGUUUAGAUAAUGCACAUGAUCCCCCUUUUGGUCGCGAUUUUGGUUUUUUGAUCGAACUACUAAAGUAUGCUGAUUAUGGAAUCGGGCAACAAAUCUGGAGCAAAUGGUGGCUACAGUUGACCCGUCUUGCCAGAGUCUCAGAUCUACGUGAAUUGAUGCCGUUGUGUUUUGGGGAUGUAAACGAUAUUGUCAAGUUUAAAAAAACCAAAAUGUUGGAUUACGGAAUAAUGCGACGUAAUUUCGAGGGUUUCGUGGAUUCGGAAUUGUUCGAAGAGCUAUCCGAGUACCUGAUGUUUUGCUGUUCGGAUGCUGGCGAUGAAAAGCAAGCACGUAUUGUAAGAACAAAAAUAAUUGUUCGAAAUAUGCGAUGGAUCAUUCGGCAUAAGUCUGAUUUCACUUUAAGCAAAUGUUUUCAAUUUUUCGAUGGUUGUUUUACAUUGGAAGAAGCAGCUGAAUUGCUAGAAUGUUACCUACCUGAUAAAGAAACUGGGCAAUUGUCUUUUUUCAUCUCAUUUAGCUGUUUUAAAACGUUCAAAAGAUUACUGAAUUGUUUGAAGUUUUCUGAUCAACGUUUGAUGGAAUUGAAGCGAUUUUUCCGCGAAAGAUGUCGGCAUGUUUUGAAGUUCGGUGUUUUUUAUUUAUUAUCCGUGGACGAUUGGGAUAAUUUUCUUAAAUGGUGUGAUUUCAGUCCAAAAGAAUUAUCUGAAUUGAGAUGUAACAUUCAGAUGGAUAAUCUGUUCGAAAAUUUUCUGAUCAACAUGUACAAGUUUUGGAUGGCAUGGCGGAAGUGUCAUGAUUCUUUUGUCACUGUGUGUUUUGAAGAAAAUGGGUUUCAUUCGAUCGAUGGAUUUUUACGUUGGUAUUUCGGAAGUGAACAAGCUGCUCAGGAGUACAAAUUGCGUAAAAGGAAUGAUCACGAGAAUAGUGAGGCGAUGAAAUUGUAUUUGAAAGCAAAUGGAAAGGUUCGUGUAAUUUUUGAUAGUUGGUUUAUCUAAUGAAUUUUAGUUCCUGAGCUGUCUCGUCUUCUGAUUAUUUUGAUGGAUGUACGGAAUGAAUGUAGGUAUUAAAAAAAUGAUGUAAAAGUAAAAUAAGUGUCGUAGAUAUGUAGCUACAUUUUUUUUGUCAUUGAGACAUUCUACCUAAUGUGAUAUUGUUCAUUCUCAGACCAUUUUUUAGUUGAAUUUUCUUGUGUUUUUUUGAAAUAUUUGAUAGAGAAUUUUUUUCAGAAAAUUCGACUUCUUUUUGUAAUUUUUUCAGCUGCACUUGUUUGUUUGUUUUUCCAAUUGAAAAAAUAAUCUGCAACAUUUUAAAUAAUUAUUUUAAUUUUACGCAAUUUGAAUCGGUUUAUUUGUAUGAUUAUAUUUUUAUUUUGUUCAUUAUUUCGUAGGCUGCCUACAUUUGUUGUAUGUAAUAGGUAGGUUAGGCAUAUUUUAAAUUUACUAUCGCGAUUUAUUGCAUUUCUCGGCAAAUUUAUCGUUUUUAACGCAGAUACUUAUAGAAUUUUAAAGUUUGUAACAAAUAUUGCCGAAGAAGCAGAAUUUUCGGAUUUAUAGAUAAUAAA